CGUACCCAUACGAAAGGGUUUUUUUCGUCAGCUGUGUUCAUCAAUGAUCGAUAUCUGACUUGCCUCGAAAUAGUUGCGGAACCAGUCCAAUGAUGACACUUCCAACUGGGCUGAUGCCCGAGAAUAUGCACCACAAGUGUUAAAUAACGCUCAUCCUGUUCCAAUGCCCGCUCCCGAAGUCACACCUGUCCAUACACACGCCGAGACUGCCAAAACACUAGGACAUGUUAACUUGAUGGUGGACACAUUGAUUGCAAAUGCGACGAUAGAUGACUUGCGCGCAAUCACUCGAAAUCUCCUUGCAACCGGCACCCCCAGUCUUGCAGCCGCAUUCACAGCCGCGGCACGAUCGCGUCUCCGUCAGACCAGUGCUAGACGUAUAGCGACAACAAAUGGUUUAUUCACAACUAGUCACAACGGUAUCCAUGCUAUUCCCACGCAAGAGCUAGAUAAUGCCCUCGCCCGCGCUCGUUCUCUAUAUGGAGCUGGAAUGGGGUUCGCGAGUUUGGGCAUCCUUUCUUCUAUUGUAAAAGCAACUGUUGGCUUGAGAUGGGAAGAGGAUGGCGUAAUGGCCGAUGUUUUGGCAGUCAUCGAUGCGGAUAUUAGCCAAGCCAUGCAGAGUUGCAAAGAAGAACUGGAAGGUGGGCGCGUGAGCGAUACGGCGGUUCCUCAGGAAGCGAUAGGUAAUCUAUGGUCAAAUAUCGGGCAAAGUGCCAGGGACGUCGAAAUUUGGGGGGGGGAAUUUCCUUUUGACAGAGCAUCCAACAGCAUCGAAUGCUGGAAGUUUUAGCACACCUGUCUAGAGUGUAAUUUCAACUUGACCGAAUGUCUCAUUGUAGGGCAGACACCACGUUGCUACUGUUGCGGGCAUUUACGGGGACCAAAGUGAAGAGCGGAGAUCAACGUGUGGAUACCAUCUAUCAGAAAUAGGACGUUUCCAUUUACCAAGAAGUGGGUACUAACCGGCGAAACGUUCUGACAAUAAUCGGAGU